AUGGUCCUCCACUCGCUGUCUCGUGUCGCCCCAGGGCUGCUCGCGCUGCGGCCGAAGCUGACCGCCGAUUCGCUGAAGCCCGGCAGGCUCCUGCGCGUGGGCAGCGCCGCCGGCCACGACGUGCAUGCCGCGGUGCUGUGCUGGUGCGGCGGCGUGGCGUUCGCCGCGCCUAUUGCCGGCUGGCCGCACGCGCCCGCCGUCAUUUGCGGCGCGGUUCCAGCUGAGGCGGCCGAGAGCGCCGUGCUCCUUGACGACAGCCUGGGUGCCUCGCCGGACGCUGUGGACGCGGCGGCCGAGGAGGGAGGCGUGUCGGUCAUCGACUGCUUUGGCGCGCCGCUCGACAGCCCGCCGACCUCGCUGCGCGACGGGUCGAGGAGGCGCCUGCCUCUGAUGGCGGUCUGCCCGGGGCAGGCGGACCUCCAGCCCAUCUGCGCCAGCCUCCACACAGGCACAGGCGCCACCUGCCUUUUCGCCCUCGGGCGUUCCAUGCUGCUGAUGGGCGAGCGGGGCACCGGCAAGUCCGCCGUUGCCAUCGACGCGGCGGCGCGGCCGCUGCACUGCGUGGCUGCCCGCAGCCUCGCGGAAUGGAUCUGCGAGCGCGCGGAUCGGCAGGUGUCGCUCUCGGCUUGCGGAGGCGCCUUUCCUCCUCCCACGAUCCUGGCAGAAGACGCGCCUGUCAGCACACGCGGCAGCGCGUCGGAGGGAGCGCUCGUCGCGGCGGCGGCUUGCGCGGUGGGCGAGAGGGUGCGCGACGGCGGCGGCCACGCCCUUGUGGUGGUCGACGGCCACGUUCAGCUGCUUGCCUCCGAGUGGGCCCGCGGGGUGCGGCCGGCGCUGCGGCCAGCCGAGUCGAUCGCGCGCGUCGGCGUUGGGUCGGACACGGCGAAGCGUCCACGGCCAGCAUCGGCGGCGAUGUUGCGGCUAUCGGCGGGGUUGCGGCUCGAGCUGGCGCAGGCGGAGGAUUUGCCGGCCGCUCUCGGCGACGCGCACACGCGGCUGCAACAGACGCGCGCACGCGCACUGGCGGCGGUGCUCGGCACGCACCGGGAGGGGGUGCCGCUGGCUCUGUCGCAGCAGGUGGCGCUGCUCCUCGCGAUCCUCGACGGGCGCGCCGCCGUCGCCCUCCGCACUCCCGAGGUGGCGGGUUUGCUCGAUAAGCUGCGCGCCUCGCCCACCGCCGCCGCCGCAUUGCGCGCCGUCGACGAGAGCGAGGAGCUGGCGCCGCCGGAAGAGUCGGCUCUGCUCGCCGCCAUCGCCGAGCACAUGCCGCGUGCGGGCGGGCGUGGUUUGUUUGCCUCGUGGCAGACGACUGCGAUUGCGACUCGGAGUUGA